CCCACCUCUUUGCGGAAGUGUAUUGUCAUGUGACUGGUUUGUUGGCGAUCUACUGUACCGAGCUGCAUCACUUCAUUAAAGCAACAAACGGACGUUUGUCCUUUGUAAUUUCCCUUUUCCCCAACUAUCUUUUCUCUCAGCCAUGGACGAGACGAGCCCGUUAGUCUCACCUAUUCGCGAUUCCAAUGAUUUCAACUAUGGUCCAACCGAGCCGACCAGUCCCCGGGGCGUAUUUGGAGGCACGCCGGGCUCCGUGAUGCGCCUGCCGGCGGGGAGUCCUGGCCGUAGCCGGGAGCGUCAGCCGUUGCUGGACCGAGAUCGUGGCGCGUCUCCGCGGGACCCAUACAGGAAUGACUUUCCGGAUGAUCCGCUGUUCAAUGCGAUCAUCCGGAAGGCUGAGCGGGCCAUCGAGGAGGGCAUCUACCCGGAGCGCAUCUAUCAGGGCUCCAGCGGCAGCUACUUUGUCAAAGAUUCAACAGGGAAGAUCAUCGGGGUCUUCAAACCAAAGAACGAGGAACCGUACGGGCAGCUGAACCCAAAGUGGACCAAAUGGCUGCAGAAGCUCUGCUGUCCUUGCUGUUUCGGCCGGGACUGUCUGGUUCUGAACCAGGGUUACCUGUCAGAGGCCGGAGCCAGUUUAGUGGACCAAAAACUAGAACUCAAUAUUGUGCCACGCACCAAGGUGGUGAAUUUAGCGAGUGAGACGUUUAAUUACAGUGCUAUUGACCGCGUAAAGUCCAGAGGAAAGAAGUUAGCGCUAGAAAAGGUGCCCAAAGUCGGCCAACGUUUUCAUCGAAUUGGCCUGCCCCCUAAGGUCGGCUCAUUCCAGCUUUUUGUCGAGGGUUACAAAGAUGCAGACUUCUGGCUGCGAAGAUUUGAGGCUGAGCCUUUACCCGAAAACACCAAUCGCCAACUCCAGCUACAGUUUGAGAGGCUGGUGGUGUUGGAUUACAUCAUCAGAAACACAGAUCGAGGAAAUGAUAACUGGCUCUUAAAAUAUGAUUGUCCCAUGGACACAUCAAGCAAUAGAGACAGUGAUUGGGUAGUUGUGAAGGACCCCAUCAUUCAACUAGCAGCGAUUGAUAAUGGCCUGGCUUUCCCCCUUAAACACCCAGACUCGUGGAGAGCUUAUCCUUUUUAUUGGGCGUGGCUACCUCAGGCUAAAAUUGCGUUCUCCGAAGAAAUCCGGGAUUUAGUAAUUCCCAAAUUAUCUGAUCCAAAUUUCGUCAAAGACCUGGAAGAAGACCUGUAUGAGCUUUUUAAGAAAGACCAAGGGUUUGACAGGGGACAGUUCAAGAAACAGAUUUCAGUAAUGAGGGGGCAGAUCCUGAAUCUCAGUCAGGCUCUGAAAGACGGUAAAACUCCUCUGCAGCUUGUACAGAUGCCACCUAUUAUCGUGGAGACGGCACGGGCGCCUCAACGGGCCAACAGCGAAUCUUACACACAGAGCUUCCAAAGCAGAAGACCCUUCUUCACCUGGUGGUGAUGGGGGGCUUCCGUGUGUGUGGGGGUGCACGUACGGCCACAUUUUUGGAAUUAUUUCCUUUUUUUCCUUUAUCGACUGACAUCAGAACACUGAUUUUGGGAGCAACGAGUGAAUUUUUUUUUCUCUUGACUGAGAGCAUUGGCUUGCAGAAAGACACUGGUGACUAUAACACUGUUUGGACACGCGCAUGAGACGCCUUCAGUGCGACUUGCAUGUCAACAAGACAAUGAAGGAGAAACUUUCUGCUGUAGUACCUUUGAUGCUUGACUGCUUUAUCGCCCUCUUCAGUACUGGAAGAGGACUACAACACAGUAGUGGUGUCCAAUAGCAUCCAAGUACAAUGCGCUGCUUCCAUUUAAACACAAUGUACUGUCUAAUUCAUAGCCAAUUUCUUGUUCUGUUAGUUUAGCUGUCUUACAUUUAUGUUGAAAAAUCACACACCGUACCUUUUUGCUUAUAUUUUUCUAUUUUUGAUAUGCGUGCAUCUGAUGUGCGCAACCCAAGUCGACCUCUGCGCUGAACUGAGCAUGUGCGGUAACACUGGAAGGUUUCAUUCUUCACUAUCAUUCGUUUUCACUCAAAAACCUAAAUAUAUUGUAAUUUUUUAACAAUCGAUUUAGAGAUGUCAUCAAAAUGACCUUAAAACACAAGACAAUGAUCUGUAUAAUUUAUAUGUAAUGUAUUUAAUGAAAGAUGCUAAAACUUUAACGGUGCAUUACU